AUGACUGAGGCUGCAAUGGUCUUUGUAGCGUUGCCCUCAAUAAAUUGUCUGACUGCGCGGGAAUGUCAGGAACAGAGCUGUGAACUCGGGGAUCUUGUUCAGGUAGCUGCAGGGCGUUUGAUUUUUUUGGAUAAGCAUUGCUCACUUCGUUGUUUGGAUAAUCUUGGAUUGGCUCUGGGUCGUAAGGUCUUGGAAGAUAAGUGGUCACGUAAUCCUGCAGUGCAAAUGGAUGUGGCACAGGAUUGUUAA